AUGAGCCAGCAAAUCUUCAAUGGCUCCUCGAACAACAAUGAUAUUCUCAGGGCAGCUAUGACCAAUGGCCAUAUGCUAGAGACAAGCCACAAGGACUUCGGUGUUGAUGAGAUCCGGAGAUACGUCUCCCGGGCGCUCUUUGCACAGCUGGCCCCGCUCGCUUGGCAGCUGAAACCAUCCGAGUUGGGCUUGGUUGUAAUCAACCCCGAGCAGAGCUGCGACGACGACCUGGACUUGGACUACAUGGACUCAAACUACGAAGAGACGGGCGUCUGUGCCGGUGAAAUAAUGUAUUGUUUGAUCAGGUGUACCGGCGACGCCCGAACCUGCGACCUGGGCCACGAUAGCUUCGGCCCUGGAUGUGUCGAUAGGACGGCCGGGGGCACAUAG